ACGUCCCGCCCACUUGGCCGGUAGCCGCCGCGCUGUGUUCAGGUUUUUUUUCUACUGAUUUUGAAAGUUGUCAACAGAGGGAAGAAGGAGCAGACCGAGAGGCCCGGCGUUACAUCGACAGCAGAGUUCGGAGGUGGAGGAAUGGGCUGCACCCAGAGUAAGAAGAAGAGUAAAGGAAAGAAAGGAGAGAAGAGACAGAAAGGAAGUAGCUGCCGAAAUGAAGGAGGUAAACCUACGUCAGGUGAGUCAGACGUCUGUCUGGAGAAGCAGUUGGAGCACUUUGAGUGGCAGCUGAACAUUUUAAAGGAGGUGCUCUCAGCCAGUGGAGCCCCGGAGAGGGCGAAGCUACUGAAGCAUCAUACUAAUGAGGAAGUGUGCGCCCUCGUCCUGGGCACGCUUGAUAAGGUGAAAAGUGAGACUUCGGCUGAGCUGAACAUCCAGUAUGAACAGAGGAGCAAAUCUGCUGCUGAGGAACAGGAACGACUGGUUAAAGAGCUGCAGACGAGACAUGAACAGGAGAAAAGUCAGCUGACAGAAAAGUUUCAGGCGGCAGAAAACAUCCUCAAGGGUAAAGUGGAGGAACUGACGGCAGAGCUGCAGGUUUACAACGAACUGAAGAGACGAGUGGAAGAAUCGACCUUUAAGAAGGACCUGCAGAGGAAUAUUCAGGAGCACGGCAGCCCAGGUGCAUUCUGGGAGUCCGAGCAGGAGUCACUGUUGUUUGUCAUUGAGAUGAAGACUGAGCGCGUGCAGGAGCAGAGCAGGAAGCUGCAGCAGAUGGAUGAGCUGGUAGAGAAGAAUCUGUCUCUGGAGGACCAGAUCAUCCAUGUCCUGCAGCAGAACGAGGACUUGAAAGUUCGGAUAGACAAUUGUCAGACUCUAAUUCAGCAGUUAUCGAAAGAGCAGCAGGAGGUGAAGGCGGCGCUGGAGAGGCAGGUAGCGGUCAACCAGAAGCUUUCCCUGGAAAAAGAGCAGCUGAUGUUCAAACUGAGACACAGAGACUCUUGUCCGACCAUCCACCUGCCGGCCAUGAUGCAGGAGAUCGCACCCAGAUGACCCUGAAUCACUUGGCCUGGUUUACUGCAGAGCACCAGACUCAAACUGAGCCAAGAACCAGAACUUCUAGAGUCAGAUUUAAAGGCUCUGACGCUGCAUCAUGUCUGCAUCAACAGGACUUCUGUGAAGCUGCAUCUCUGGUUCUUAUCCAGCAGGUUCUUCAGCUGUGUGCCAUUCUGUUGAGUUCGUCGGUGGCUGAUUUCAACCCUUCAGGUCGUUGUGAUGUUUCUGAAACUGAUUUGCAGAAAGUAAAUUAAGCCUUUUUUUUUUUUUUUUUAAAUCAGAGUUGCAGCUUCAGACUGUAAAGUUUUGUUUCCAACCUCUUCACAUUACUCGCCGAAGAGCUAAUGAGGGUGUUCAAUUCCAAAACACCGGGUGGCGUUGCGCUGUUAUUCCUCUCCCCGUCUCUGGUGCUAAUUUAUCCAGCAGAGCACUACAUCCCAGAGUUUGUUCUUUAUCUGAUGCUAAAUCAGGGAAAUGUUUCUUCUGAAUUCAUCUGCUGCCUGAUGUUUGUGACAAACGCUGAAAAAAAACUGUAGUUUUUCUCAGAUUCUACUGGAUUUGUUGCUUAUCAGGUCAGCUUUUAGAAACAAUCCCUACAUGAUGAAGACAAACAGCAAAUUCUCUCAUUUCUGCAGCUUAAAUAGUGACUCCAUUAGUUUGUUCAGGUGCUCAUUCUGGAAAUUAAAAUUAUUUUAUCUUUUUGAUCAGACACUGGCUGAAAAUAGAAGCAAUUUAUUUAAUAUAAUAACGUUAGGAAGGUUUCUCCAUGAAUCCAGGAUCUAAAGCUUAGGUAGUCACAUUUGGUGGGAUUUACCUCCAGGUUCUCCAGGCCUCUGACCAUCGGUGCCUUGCUUGUAACAUGAAGAGUUUACUGGUUUAAUUUUAGGUGUCUACAUUGUGGACGUCUGUGUGACAUAGCUGACAUUGCAGACCAUCAUCCUUAAUGGGUCUUUCAGGAUGUUCUUGGGCUAAAUUUGACCUGAUAUUAUGUCCCCAUUUUGCUGGGAUCAGGUGUUACAGUAUUUUAAUCCUGAAAGCCAUCAGAAGGUCCCAAAAAUGAACGUUUAUAAUAAGUGUCUAAUUCAUUUAUGAUGCUGGAAUUUUCCUUCUUAUUGUCAUUCAAUUUUUCCUUCCAGCUCUCCCUCAUUCCCAAGUCCAUACUUGAGUAAGUCUGUUGCUUUCUGAUGUAUUUUGGUGACAGUGAACACAUAUAACGCCAUUCUACAAUGUUUAUGAACAAAUCACAAUGUCUGUUUACUUGUUUUCAGUCUCCUUUUAAGUGGCUGUUUAGGAAAGAAAAAGUAAUACUCGAGGCCUUGCUUAGAUGUAAUGUGCCCAGCGUCAAAACAUCUGAAUGUUAUUCUGUCCGCUGUCUCUAAUGUGCCUUGUUCAGGAUUCUCAUGGCUUUUCCCAACAAAUUCCAAAAGGGUUAUUCAGUUUUUCAGUUGAGUCAAGACGUUAAGUUUUACAUUUAUAAUAACCAGAAACUGUAUUUACAUGUGUUCAUUUUGAGGAUAUGAGUGUGUUUACAAAGCUUUUGAAUUAGAAAAAAGAUUUUUGAAAAUACACUGACUAUGGCAUUUUAGCAUGCUAGCGUCCUUGCUAAAGGGGUAGCAAUGUUUGGUUGGGUCUGAAGUGAAACACCUUGGUUUUAUUUAGGUUUGUUGGAUCAUCCUGAACGUAAUUUGACAGGAUUUUGAUUAUCGAGUUUAAACAUCCAGUUUUUCACAGCUACAGCGAUCAAAGAUAAUUUCCUGUUAGCGUCCUUAUUCUGUUGUUACUGUUGACCCUGACAUAUUAAUGCUAACAUGCUAGCUGCAGAAUUUCUGCAUGUUAUCGUGUAACUGUGUUUAACAUUGCAAAAAAUAACAAAUGUCAUCAUAUUAGCAUGAAGAAUUUAAUGAACAUGUUAAUGCUAACAUGCUAUAGCAAGAAUUUCAUGUUAACAUAACUGAUAAUAUUGCAAAAUGAACAAAUGUCAUCAAGUUAACAUGCUAAUGCUAACAGCUAAUGGCAGAAUUCCACCAUGCUAACAUCUAACUGUGUGUUAAUAUUGCAACAAAUAACAUAUCAUCAUGUUAGCAGCAGUAUUUAAUGAACUACGUGCUAACAUUAUUCAAUAGGAUCUGUUUUCACCUCAGAGUCCUAAAAGCUGAGUGCAUUUCUAUUAAAAAUUCACAAUACUAUUGUUGUUUUUUUUUAUAUAUAUAUUUUUGAAUAAUUGUUUACAGGUGAAUAAAGAAAGUAGUAAUCGCAGAAUAUCAGGCCUGUGUGCUAAAAGCUGCUAGCUUUCCACAGCUGUUAGCAGCAGAGUUUCAAGCUUGGUUUUCAUUAAUGGUCACUGUCCCAGUUUACAUCAGAUCUUUAACAGAGAACAAUAAUCACUGUCUAUGUCAAGCCGCAAAAUUUUUAUUUAAAUUUUUUGAGUUGAGAUUUAAAUUUUCUUUGCUUUUUGUGACGUUUGUGAUAAUAUUGUGCCAAAAAAAAAGGUAAAAGUUGUCAAUGUUUGCCAGCUCUGUCAUAAUGCACCAGCACUUUGACCAGGAUUUCACAGGAGUUUGUACAGUAGAUUUUUCCUUGUUGUACAGUUCUUUAUUUUCUCUGCUUCUUGUUAAACUGUAAGUAAUCUGCAGCAGUUUGUUUUCAGCCUUAUGUUUAGUUACACACCAACAUUUUGCUUUUAUUGACUUUACUAAAUAAAAUUCAGAAAAAAUUCU